GUGAUCGGCUUACACAUGCUCCAAUAUGGGGGCCUUAAGCUUUGUGAGGCUGCGGUUAUAUAUAAAGCCCCUCGCUGAGGCCGCAGCAGACAGCCAGUUGUAUUAGCAGCAAGUGCUUCACAUUCUUAGGGCUCCAGCUGUCAGGAAGCAAGGGAGAGCUGCACUGCUUCGGGGAAGUCUCUCGGCUGGGAGAUAGGGGGGGAAAAAAAGGAGAAGAGCAAACAAGCUAUUACUUUCAAGCAUGACACUGCCAAUAGAUCAAGCAGAAGAGCUGCGUCUCUACCAGCAGACGCUCCUCCAGGAUGGGCUCAAAGACAUGCUGGACCACAACAAGUUCCUGGAUUGUGUCUUGAAAGUCAAGGGGAAAGAAUUCCCCUGCCACCGGCUGGUGCUGGCAGCCUGCAGCCCCUAUUUCCGGGCGAUGUUCCUUUCAGACAUGGAAGAGAGUAAGAAGAGGGAGAUCGACCUGGAGGACGUGGACCCCGAAGUCAUGCGCAAGAUCCUCCAUUACAUCUACACCUCCGAGCUGGAGCUCACCGAGCAGAACGUGCAGGACAUUUUCUCCGUGGCCAACAUGUUCCAGAUCCCCUCCAUCUUCACAGUCUGUGUCUCCUUCCUGCAGAAGCGUCUCUGCCUCAGCAACUGCUUGGCGAUCUUCAGGCUAGGCUUGAUGCUGGAUUGUGCCCGCCUGGCAGUGUCCGCCCGGGAUUUCAUCUGCGACCGCUUUGCCCUGGUCUCCCGGGAUGAGGAGUUCUACAAACUCUCCCCUGAUGAGCUCAUUGCUGUCAUAUCCACUGACUCCCUUAACACUGAGAAGGAGGAGGCGGUUUUUGAGACGGUGAUGAAGUGGGUGGAAGCCAAGGACCGCGAGAGCCGGAUCCAGGCCUUGCCGGUGGUCUUCGAGAGCAUCCGUUUCCGCCUCCUGCCCCAGGACUACAUCAGGGACCACGUGGAGAAGCACCCCAUUGUGAAGUCCAUCCCGGAGCUGCUCAAGAAACUCCAGGUGGUGAAGGACGCCAGCGAAGGCAAAUUCAUGGUGGUGAAAAAGAAGAAGGUGAAGAAGAGCAGUGAGAAAACAGCUGGGGACAACGCUGUCAAUGGAGAAGUGGCCGAGGGGGAUGAUAAUGAGGAGGAUGUCCUCCCAGGGAUCUUAAAUGACACAAUGCGCUUUGGGAUGUUCCUCCAGGACCUCAUUUUCAUGGUGAGCAGUGCUGGGGCGGUGGCCUAUGAUCCCAGCGCCAACGAGUGCUAUUUUGCCUCCAUCUCGGCUCAGAUCCCAAAGAAUCAUGUCAGUCUGGUAACCAAAGAGAACCAGAUCUUCAUAGCAGGUGGACUGUACUACAAUGAGGACAACAAAGAGGACCCCAUGAGCUCCUACUUCUUACAGUAUGAUCACCUGGACUCUGACUGGCUGGGCAUGCCCCCUCUGCCUUCCCCCCGCUGCCUCUUUGGCCUGGGAGACGCAGAAAACUCCAUUUUCGUGGUAGGAGGGAAAGAACUGAAAGAAGGAGAACAGACCUUGGACUCCGUUAUGUGCUACGACCGAUUGUCAUUUAAAUGGGGCGAGUCAGAUCCGCUCCCCUACGCAGUCUAUGGCCAUGCUGUGGUAUCAGACAAGGAUCUAAUCUAUGUCAUCGGAGGCAAAAGAAGUGACAAGAAGUGCCUGAACAAGAUGUGCGUCUACAACCCGAAGAAGUUUGAGUGGAAGGAGCUGGCUCCCAUGAAAACUGCCCGUUCUCUGUUUGGAGCAACCGUACACAAUGGCAAGAUCUAUGUGGCAACUGGCGUGACCGACUCUGGCUUGACUGACUCGGUGGAAGCAUAUGACAUUGCAGCUAACAAGUGGGAGCCCUUCACUGAAUUCCCCCAGGAGCGCAGCUCUGUCAGCCUGGUGAGUCUGGCUGGCAGUCUGUAUUUACUUGGUGGAUUUGCCACAGUGGAGACGGAGUCAGGAGAACUGGUGCCAACCGAGCUCAAUGACAUCUGGAGGUAUGACGAAGAAGGGAAGAAGUGGGAAGGCGUCCUCAGAGAGAUCCAGUAUGCCUCAGGUGCCACCUUCCUUCCCGUGCGCAUGAAUGUUUUACGGUUAACAAAGAUGUAAAUGACGUGAUGAUUUACGUUGUUCCUGGGUUUUUCUAAGUUCGCAUUUAUUGAUGUGAAUGGGGUGGGGAGGGAUUUUAUUGGUUAAGCCAGAGAAACAUUAUAUCUGUGAUUUGUUGCCAUUUUACUUCACCCAGCAGGGAAAGGGGAAGGGAAAGGAUUAGAAUGGACCCUUACAGGAGCUUAAAGGCUAAAGCACUACUUAGAACCCAGAUCUGGAGAACGCAAGGAGCUGUGGUGGCCUGAGCACUGGACUCAUUCUAUCUCUCGGAACAGAUUUGUUUCCCUCUUCCUGGUCAGGAAAGGAACAGUAACCACAUUUUCCCUUCAGGGUAGAAUCCUCUGUUUUUCAGGAAUUCACAUCCUCCCCUUCCCCAUUUUCUCCCUCCAUCCAACAAGGCCCUUCAUCAUCUCAACCACGCUUCUGAAUGGGGAAGGCUGGAGGCCGAUCCCAAAAGAAUGGAGCAAGCCAGAAUGGCACAAGUGUCACCCAUGCAAGGGAAUCUCAAACUCAGCUCCUCCCCACACCCCGUAGCCAGCCUUACCACACAGGGGUCAGUUGUCAGCAGCAAGGGAAGCAGGAGGUCUGUGCUGUAGGCAUUUGGAGCUGGUCUGAAGCAUGUAGCGUUAAGCCAAGUGAGAAGUCUUGGCCGUUCUUUUGAGCGGAACUCACCAUAGAAAGAAAAGAGUAAGUGUUGGAGUGGGUAGGGGGAUUUUGCAUGCUGGAACAGCAAACAGCGCACGAGAAAGGUAGGGCUAAAAGGAGUGAGCACUGAAGAACAGAUGCAAUCAGACCAGACCAGACCAUGGUGACAGAUGUCUCAGGACAGACACACACCCUCAGACUGACCUCCACACCUGCCUUUUGAGUUUUAUUUCCUGGGCCUCAUUUAAUCUUUGCAUUCAGAUGCUCAGUUUCUGCUUCCUUUGAACAACUGUUACAGAGGCAGAAGGGGAAAAAUGCCUUCUUGAUGUCGUCAGUUAUUAGCUCUCCUUCCCACUAAGUAGAGGUCCUUCAUCUUUCUCUUCCUUCUAAUGUAAUUAAAGAACCUCUUCUUAUUGUCUUUUAUGUCCCUUGCUAGGUGUAACUCAUUUUGUAUCAUAGCUUUUCUGAUUUUGUCCUUACCUGCUUGUGCUAUUCUUUUGUACUCCUCCUUAGCAAUUCAUCCAUGUUUCCGCUUGUUGUAGGAUUCCUUUUUGAUGUUCCGGUCAUUAAAGACCUCCUGAUGGA